AAAGAUGCUCAAUGGGCCAGCAAAGGAGAUGCAUCUUAUGAUGAAGUGAAAAAGCUAGCAUCACAACCAACGGGUGAAGUAACCAUCAUCGAUGUACGUGAACCUGAUGAAGUGGCUGCAGGCAUGAUUCCUUCUGCUGUCAAUGUUCCUCUUACAAAGUUUGAAGAUGCUUUCAACAAAAGCGGAGGAGCAAACUUCCAACAACAGUACUCUUUCCCACGACCUGGCUUUGAUGAUAAAGUUAUCUUUUAUUGCCGUAGCGGUAAGAGAAGCGCACAAGCACAGGAUAUCGCAAAGAAGAAUGGAUGGCAAAACACUCGAAACUAUACCGGCUCUUGGUUAGACUGGGUAUCAAAGGAAGAA